AGAAAAAAUAGAUUUGUCAUAAGUUAAACACAGUUUUACCAAUCAUCAAGCCCAUGACGCUGCAGAGAUGAUUUAAUUAUAUACUGAAGGAGAUAGUUUUAUGUUACACGUAAUCUUGCCAGGUUUUAGGUAUGUUUUAUACAAGCGUAUUUAUUUUUCCCCCGCCAUAAGUCUGCGCUGCGGCUGGGAUCUCCGUCAUGGCCUCGAUAUGGGGGCGAAUUACGCGGUAGUCCAUGACGUCAUGGAGGAUUGCUUUGUCGAAGAAGAAAUUCCCCUGAACGGUACAGAAGAAUUCCCCAGGAUUACUCGACCAAAACACCGGCGUUUCCCCACAAAAGGUGUACCAAUGUGAAGAUAGGAUAUCCUUUGUGUUAUAAACAUUGUUAUCAGAUACAGAUACAGCGAUUUUUGUCGACUUUUCGAGGCAAAACAACACCCCUUGAGCGCGAUGCCACGUCGAAAAGCCGUGUUUCCCCAGUCCAGCAAAAAGUCUGACUCAGAUGUUCAAGGUCAGGUUGACCUGGAGGGCCCAGGGUCAAAGGUCAGCAAGACAGAGGUCACUUCAGGUAUGGGCACCAGGAGAAGAAGAGCUGUGAAGAAAGAAACAGAAAAGGCUGUCACACCAGGCGAUGUGGAUGUAAUAGAAGCCGCCCAAGAAAGUCCUGUCACCAAGGCAACCUCUGUCGUAUACCUGGCGGAAGAUGGGUGUCAGGCAGUGAAAGUUGUUCCCACCCUGCCAAAGAAAGGGAGACCCCCUAAGAGUGAUGGAAAGCGGGUUCGACCAAGCAGAAGAGGGAAGGCCCCCUCCCCAGGCAGUCUGGAAAAGAGGAACCUGUCACUGGAAGCCCUGCUGGAGGUGACGGGAUCUGAGCUACAGAAAGUGAAACAAAGCCAGGACAUUCAGACUGACUCCUCACCACAGUCUCAACCAGCAACACAAUCUCCUGCUCAAGGUGGGGCUCAGCAAACACAAUCAGCAUUAGGAUCACAGCCAGCACAACCAGCUCAACUAACACAAUCUGUCAGCCAGCAGCCCCCUCAGCUGCAACAAGUGAGUGGUACUAUUGCCAAAGGGCUCACAGGUCAAGCGGCCAACCCUCUGAUGAACCAGAGACCAGUGGUCAGCGCCAUUCAGGCCAAGUUGAUUGUGGACGCAGCAUCCACCAACUCCAGCAUUCCGGCCACCAUGCCCCCUCCAGUGUCCACCAGCGUCCAGCAGGUUGUAAAAAUACAGACAGGAGAAAGAGGCGUAGAGAAAUACGAGCUGAAGUCAGAGACCCUGGAACAGCAGGGGCUGAAGCUGAUCUACACCAAACACACUGCAGAUGAGCAAGGGACCCCCCUGGCUCCCCCUGGACACCCCAGGAAUGACAUCAUAGGGAUCCGUCCCAUGGUCCCCCUGGGGCAGUCUCCUGGCCCUGGUCUCCCGCCAGCUCUAGAGACGCCCAGGAUAGGUCCAGGCAGGAAGAGAAAGCACCCUCCCAAACCUGGUAAACAUAUCUGUCCAUACUGUGGCCGUGGAUGUGCCAAACCCAGCGUGCUACAGAAACAUAUCCGGGCACACACAGGAGAGAGACCGUACCCUUGUGUGCCGUGUGGCUUCUCCUUCAAGACAAAAAGUAACCUCUACAAGCACUGCAAGUCCCGCUCACACCUGGUCAAAGCAGGCAAUGCUCCUCCGUCUGGAGACGGGAUGAAAUUAGAGGAUGGAGACAACAUGGAGGAUGACAACAUUGAAAGUGAUGAAGUGGAGAGUGAUUCUGAAGGUGACUCUGCUGGAGAUGAUAGCCUGGAUACCAGUACAACCAGCGAGACUUCGAUAUCAGAGACAAGAGUUUCUGGGCUGACGUCAGGUGUCCCCGUGGAAACCAGUGCCAAAGAGAGGCUGCAGCAGAUGAUUCAGCAGCACAGGGCCGCAGUUGCCGCCGCGGCAGGAACACAGCAGAGCAUUCCGCUGGGUCGGAGUUGGUCCAGUCAGGGAAAUGAAGUUAUGUCAGGUCACAAGCCUGGAAAUGACAAUUUGACGGGUCAAAGGUCAGAGGUCAAGUUAAUGAACUCUAGCAACCCUUCUCUGUCCACCCGGGUGGUCAUGACAGAGAGGCAGUACUAUGACAUUGUGAACCCUGGAAAACCUUCACCCCAGACUGUCUUGGCAAAUGCACUGCCAUCUGGUGAAGGUCUGGAGAUGCAGUAUAAUGUGUAUAUCCCACAGAGUGCAGGUGGGACAAAUUAUCAGAAAAUUGAAAAAACUUUUUUGAAAUAUGAGAAUGACUCUGUGAACAGUAUGGGGAACUCUGAACAUUUAAUAAGUCAGCCCACUGCUGCAGGAGGACUUGACAGUGGGGAGAAAGCUGCCGAGAAAUUGCUCACAAGUUCAGUGGAAACAUUACCAGAUAAAACUGUGAAAGUCACAAUUCAAGUUGCUCAAAAACCAGGAAGUGGGGGGAGUGGCAGAAGCACACCCAACACAAUCAGGCAGGACUCCUCUAACACAAUCAGACAAGACUCCAGUUCUUCAUUACCAGAGUCCAAUCUUGACACCACAUAUGCUGUGUCAGAGUCUCAGAUCACAGAGAUCCUGCCUGCAGCCGGUAAGGACCCUAAAGCUUCAAGGCCGGUGGACCACAAAAACAUGACACCAGAAAUGCUCAGCGAGCGAAUUACUCAGCUUAUGGCGGCCAAUCAGGAGAUUGUUAACCAACCAAUGGUGGAAGGGCCACGCCCAAAGAUAUCCCGACAAAAUAGUGUGUCUAAAAGUGGGGGGUCCACCCCCCUGGGGUCUAGUUCCCCCAGGGUGUUACAGCUGCAGGGAGGGGCUCAUCCUCUCUCAGUGUCUACUUCCAGUCAGAUGGCUGGAGCGGGCUCCCCCAGGGUGGUCCACAUACAGCCAGGGACACACCCCCUAGGUCUGAAUACACCAACUCACAUUCCACCUUCCUCAAACGGCACCACGGCACCCAGUGCCCCAUUAGCUAAACCUCCCACUGGAAACCCUCCCCAAACCCUGGAACCACAUCAUUUUUUAGGGGUGGGCGGGGCCUUGGGGCGACCUCCGGACAAACUGGGUCAACCUGACCCUCAAGGCAAGCAUUCUCAUGGAGCGCCCAGUUUGCUGGAUCCUCAACAGAUACAGCAGAACCUCCUCCAGACUAUGGAGACUGCAGGCAGGAGUGGCGCUGAGACACACACAUCUGAUGUUCUCUCCACAACGCCACAGGAGAUCAAAAUUCAGAUUAAACUGGGGAAAUCUGUGGUAUCCUGCCAAUCAGGAGGGGGCGUGGUGUCAACCAACCAAUCAGGAGGAUGCAUGGUGUCAGCCAACCAAUCAGAAGGGACCAAUGUAGUGAUUAGUCAGGUGGGAGGAAGGGUGUCUUCAUUAUCCGAGUGUCAAUCAACAGUUCUUCCUUCUGCGAGUGUGUAUUUAACCAAGCAGGCAGCAGGAUCCCCAUCUCUCCUAAGCUCAAUGAUAGCUCAGCCAGGAUUGGUCACUCCUGCUCUGUUACAGACAGCCAAGAGUGCACUAGGACAGGGUCAAGGUCAAAAUAUGAAUACUGAAGCCCAAGGUCAUUUCAUGGCUGAAUCGUGUCAAAGUCAAGUGAUGACCCAGAUUCAGGUUACUCCAGAUUCACUAAGGAAAGGUCAGAUGACAAAACCACAAGUUAUAUGCUCCAGCCAUGUUCAAGGUCAUGUGUCAGAGCAGCAUCGCCCAGUUUCAGUCGCUGUCAGUGUGAGUUCUACUAAUAAUUCCGACUCUGUAGUCACCAGUGGUGGUGGUGGUGGUGGUGGUGUUAUGAGUCCAGACCCCUCACAGGGGAGUGUUAUCAAGGACCUUCUUCUCAAGGGCAGGAACACGGCGGCCCAUUGGGUGGCGUCCAGCAUACGGCAGAGUGGUACCACAGUGCCAGUCCAGCCAUUGGGGGAGGACGUGACCAGCAGUGGAGUACACACCCCUCUGGACAGCUUUGGGCCCUAUCACUGCACAGGCUGCAACACUUCAUUCCGUAAGCCAGAGACCCUGGCCAUGCACCGAGGCAACUACUGCACAGGUGCCAGCAUGCCCCAAGAUGGCGGCAUUCCUGGGAGCAUGGGACUUGUGAGUUUGGGAGAACAAGGGAGAGAUGCCACUCUUGCCUCUGAACAGAGGGUGGCCAGAGAAAGGGCAAUAAUUCAACGGUUUUUUCCAGAAAUUACUCCAACUCAGGGCAUCGUACCCCCUGUGUCUACCUCGGCACCUGCAGCAUCAGCCACCAGUACCACAGCAGUGCCAUCUGGUGAGGAUUCUGGUGUUGCCGAUGGAAGUGCACCCAGGAAAAAGGGAAGACCUAAAGGUUCUAAGAAUAAACCAAAGGACAAGGAUGGAAAUAAAAUAAAUGGGCCAUUACAGAUAUCAGUGGCUCCCUCUAGUGGCGGGUGUGGUGUGAAUCUGAUUGGGCAGUCCUGUGUUCAAGGUGAAGGUCAGGGAUGUGUUAUAAAGUCGGUGGACACUACAGGUGUCACAGCUACAAUAGCGCGCCAGGAUUCCAAAGAAGGGACACGUCCUCCGCCGCUUAAUAUAGCACUGGCACAGGUUGCAAGGGAUGCUGGGAUAGCAAGUAACACAAGCUCUCCUGUUACACCCAACACGGGAGAAGGGACUCCGCAAGCUCUGUGGAAGCUUAGGUUGAAGGGAAAACUUUUAAUGCGAAGGUCGAUGAGUGUUGAAAGAAUGCUAUCACAAGAAGGUGAUAAAAGUGCCAAUAAUACUCCAACACCAACCAAAGUUGUCAGUACCUUGACAUGUCCACUGCCACCUGAGGCACCAAAGAUACAUGCAGUGUCAUCUUUAAUGGGACAUGGUUCAAAAACCCUUCCAUUGUCAUUUUCUUCUGAUUCAGUAACUUCAGACGGUAACAAGGGCAAUACUAGUGACAAUACAAGAUUAACUAAGGUCAUAGAACAUAGCCGCAGUAAACAUUGCCCAGGGACUGACAGCAGAGAUGAUUCUAUUACAGACUCCAUUCUGGUCAGUGCAGGUCCACUGUCUUCACAGAGACGGAGACUGAACAGUGUGUCCCAGGUGGCCAGUCCCAUGAUUCCUCUGGCUCAGGCAGGGCUCAUGCCCCUCCGUGCUGGACGGUUAGUACAGGGCGGUGAGAGCACUUCUGUGAGAUCUGUCUCUUCAUCUCCUAACAUGAGUUCUUUAAACAUUGCGACAAAUAGCGGCAACCAGUUGUCGUUUCCUGCACUUCCUCUAACGACGCCUGUGGCUCAUCCCCCAUUGCUACCCCAAGCUAUGAUGAUGCCGCCUAUAGGCCGUGCACGAUGGCGCCCUGAUUCAGCAACAGCAGAAUUACAUUCUCUGUCUCCAGGAGCCGCUGCAGGUCAGAGGUCACAGGUGACAGGUCAGAAGUCACCAAUUACAGGUCAAAGGUCACCUGUGAAGAUUUCUAACGCGGGCACCCCAGUUACUCCUACUACCCCAGUGACAGGUCAGAUGUCACCAGUAGAGGGCACCACAUCAGGUCAGAGGUCAGUGAUAAGGUCACCAACAGAGGGCACCUGUGGAGAAGACAGCCCCAAGAAGUCAUCUCCACAGGCUGCUAACUUACUUCUUGUGUUACUGGGUCACAGUUACCCCAGUCUGCGGGCAGACACACACACCAGCUUCUGCUGCGUACAGCGACCACAACCAAUGUACGUGAAACAGGGACAUAAGAAAAUAUCCAUGUACUCCAACUGGCAGACGGCCUCCAUCAAUCCUAUCCCUGCAGGCCUCACUACUGCUCAAAUGCUUGCUUUAUAUGACUCACGUCAGUGGAUUAUCUCCACUCCGACUUUCAUGAUAUCUGCACUGUCAGAACCAAAGAAGGGGUUGCUAACACAUUCCAGUUACUGGAACUUCUACAGCAAGCAGAGAGAGGGGAUGACACAACAGGUGGAGACACUGUCACAGCACAGUCAACUGACUCCACAAACCAUAGAUACACAUAAAACUCAGCCUGAAAACCAGGGGGAGACACUUCAGCAAGAUAAGCUGGUAAAGGCUGUGACUGCUGAUACUCCUAUGAAGAGAAAUGGAGAUUUGGACACUGGUAGAGAUUCCACUGGUGAUACAGUUGAAAUUAAGAUGGAGGUCACCACACCUGUCAAGUCAGAGACGUCAGAGUCCUCAUCACAAAGCCUCAGUAGUGGACAUUCUGGGCAUUCUGGUGACCUUGACAUGACCCUGACCCCUGCUAGCUCCAACAAGUCAUUCACUGGUGGCUACGUGUCCAAGGAGGAGUAUGUGUACAUCCGGGGAAGAGGCAGAGGGAAAUAUGUGUGCGAAGAAUGCGGAAUUCGCUGCAAGAAACCCAGCAUGCUGAAGAAGCAUAUUCGGACGCACACAGAUUUCCGUCCCUAUCACUGCCGCCAUUGCAACUUCUCGUUCAAGACCAAGGGGAACCUGACCAAACACAUGAAGUCUAAGACACACCAUAAGAAGUGCAUGGAGCUGGGCAUUGUCCCUGUCCCGGUCACCGUGGACGACUCGCAGAUUGACCCCAGGGCACUGGCCAAACAGAUUGAGAUUUCCAAAGAAAGUAAAAUCAUUGAAGAGGAGAACGGUUCAGAUGAGGACGGUACAGACAAUGACGAGGAGGAUGAGAGCGACGAGGAGGAGGAAGAUGAGGACUCCAGUGAUUGCGAUGGUCUCCUCAUUGAUGAGGAGCGUGAGGAUGAGGAUGUGCGAGGAAGACAGCAUGAGAGGAAGAUGGGAGUAGUGAAGAGGCCACGGAAGAGAGUGGAAUCUGAGAGUAGCGUGGGGAGUACGCCCAAAUAUGUCAAGCUGUCUCCAGGAAUAGCCAUGAAAGUAUCCACUAGUGAAUCUAAAAGGAGAAGUAGUGCUCAAAAAGCUCUGAAAUUUGAGAAGUCAGAAGAUGAGGGCAGCAGCCAUUCAAGGUUGGGAACAGUGUAUGGCUUCCAUCGUCAGCCGUCUGUUGUACGCCCUGAAAACACUGGAGACAAAUCAACAGACCCUGGGACUGGCCAGCGGACGGACAUUGAUGCAGAGGUUGCCAAGAGCCUGCUGGACCUCUCCAAUCAGGGGUCAGUGUCCAGAGUGGUCCAUAUCCAGGGAAAUCACCAGGGAGUGGGGGCAGAGGGUGAUCUGACGGCAUCGCAGAGUGACAUCAUGGCGUCGCAGAGUGACCUCGCGGCGUCGCAGAGUGACCAAAAUGUGCCAGAAGUGGACAUUGACAACAGACACGACCGUCUGUGUGGACGCAGUGGUGCGGUCAGUCUGCAGCUGUCCCAUGCCUCCUCCUCACAGCCCGCGCCCCAGGGGGCCGCCAUGGUGGACACGUAUCGUAUACGCGCCAUUCAUCAAUACGACGGAGAGAGGUCGUUUAUGACAACAUCGGAGGGAGGAGUGGUGGAGAGACGGCGCCGGGGACAGAAGAGAAAGGAUCUAGAGGGUGCCGGUGGAAGUCCACAAAAGAGCCCCCACAGACGGCCUGUUCCCCCCAGCAACCUGCCCCUCCACACAGUGCAGCAAAGCAGUGGCAGUGACCUGGCCCUGAUGUCUGGGUUUGCACCUCCCAUCUACCCAUACGGACUGGAAUCGCCAGUAACCCCAGGAGACGGUUCUUCUUACAAGUUCAUCCCCGUCCCCCUGCCGAGUCCGGUGGUCAGUUCCAGGAGUCCACUCCGCACUGGGGGUUCUGGACAUCAGCUAUAUCCUUAUCAUGCCUCAGCGUUUUCUUUGUCUUCCUCUGUGGGCAGUUGUCCAGUGCCCAGUAACAGUGUAGGUCAAGGUCAACAGGUGUCCAGUUCGCUGACCACUAUACAUCAUCCUGUGUCCACAAUGGCCACACACAGCGGGAGACUUCUCCACAGUAAUCAUUUGGUUUCUACAGGAAAGCUGGGUCAUGGUGCGGUUGUUAUCCCAGCCACCACGUCAAACAACUUGCCUCCCAGCAUGCAACAGUUGGUCCACGUGGCGGUUUCUCAGAAGUUAUUGUCACAGUUCGCUCCAGGUUCCGCCAUGGCACAAACACUGGAUGACAGCGGAACGCGGACGGGAGAUGCAGGAACACAUGACCUGGGAUCACACGACCAGCCCAUUGACCUCAGCAUGCACGAUGAGAAGAAAUCAUCUGUGCAGAAGUUACAGACAAUGGUUUCAGACAUAGCGGUGGUGGCAACAUCACCUCUUUCACCAACAUUGAACCCAGAGAGGCAACCUUCUGAGAGCAAGGCCAAGUGUCAGACUUCAUCGUCACAGGUCACCUAUGUGAGUGGAGACAACAAGGCCCCCUACGAGAUAGUGCCCAUCCCUGGUCAAGUCAUUGAUAACUCUGACUCCUUGGUUGAUGGUAAAUAUGUGUGCGCUGUUUGUAACAAGAGCUUUCCACAGCAACACCAGCUGACCCUACACAAGAACAUCCACGCCAUAGAGCGCCCACACAAAUGUGACGACUGCUCUAUCUCCUUCCGCACCUUGGGUCACCUUCAGAAACACCAAAGGUCAGAGAGUCACCACAAGUCUCACUCCAUUAACAGGCAAUUUGGUACCCCGACGACCGAUAACCCACGCCCCUUCAGGUGUGAGGACUGUAAUAUAGCCUUCCGCAUCCACGGCCAUCUUGCCAAACAUCUGCGCUCCAAAGCUCAUAUUGCCAGUCUGGAAAGGCUUGCCAAGAUUCCGCCGGGGGCCCUGGUGCUACUGGAGAAGAACGAUCUCAGCCUGAUAGAUGCCACAGAUGGGCAGACGUCAUUGGAGAGCAUUCAACAAAUGUUGAGUGAGCACGAAGAGGGCGCCAGAGGAACUGGUGUCCAGUCUUUGGUCAAACAGGGGCCGAGUGGCACGCCUACCUCCCAGUGGUCGACUCCUCAUUGCCAAGGCUCAUCUCUUAAUGUAUCCACAUCCUUACCUCAACCUAUCCCAGCAACCCACAGCCAGCAUAUCCCAUCAUCCUCUGCUCAGUUUCUCCAGACCCAUACUAUCCCACAAUCCCAUGUUUGGCAUAAUCCCUCCAGUACAGUCCAACAUGUCCCCGCGUCCUUCCCACCCCAGCCCCUCCUGGUACAGACAACACAGGGAGCACCAGCCACAAGAACUCUGCCUCAGCAUGUGAACUCCGCCCCAGUUUACGAGAAUGUUCAGUCACAGGGAAUCACAACUACAGCAAUGGCGAGGCAAGGGUCAGCUGAGAGCCAGCAGGUGGCGCCAGAGGUGCUGGAGCAGCGCAGUCCCCAGAGUGACUCCAGAGAAGAUGGUCUCGUGUUUGCAUUCUGUGGCAGGGAGGGCUAUAGGCCGAACCCUCUCAAGUCCAACGCCAAUGUCAGCGUGGAAAUCAAGAGUGAGCCAAUAGAAAUGCAUGAUAUAAAGACUCAGGAGGCUGGCUAUGGUGACCGGCACCACUCCGAAUCCUGCGUCUUGAAGUGUCAGCUUUGUGGGAAGGAGUGCAUCGGUCAGGAGAGUCUGCGCUAUCACUUAGUGGAAAGUCACCAUGCAGGUGCCCCAAGACAAGCUGGUCCCUUGCCAGUGUCAGCGCCAUCUGCUGGGUCAUCAAUGGCAGCAGGCACCCCACUGAGAGAAUGUAACAUUUGUUACCAGACGUUUGGAAGCAUUUCUGCUCUCAAGGUGAACAAUUAAAAUGGAGAUUAUUUUAAAUGUUUAUUAGUGUUAUCAUAUACAUGUGCCUACAUAUAUUAUCUAUUGUUUAUUAUCUACAGCAGAAGUAC